AUGGUGAAACCGGAGCGUGUUACAUCUGUGGAAAGCUAUUUGCUACGGCUUUUCCAAUCUGGCGCUAUCAGAACCAAGGUUUCCGAAAGCGACAUUGUGGAGAUUCUAGAAAAAGUGUCCAAAGAGGAAAGAAAGGGUAAGGAGACCAAGAUUGUGUUUGAUCGUCGAGAAACUCACUACGAGGACGAAGCGGACGACGACGACGACGACUUUUUCGAUUAG